AUGCAGAUGAUGACGGGAGAAAAAGGACCGAGCCACCUUGUCGUUCUUUACGUAGCGACCGCAGGACUACAGGGCAAUGCACUCGGCUCUGAUGAAGAAGAAAUUAUACUUAUUAUUUAUGUUCUCAUCGAUGUGCUCCAAAAUAAGGUGAUAGGUCAUCAACAGUAUAUAGUACAACCAUCUUCUUUAUUGGAAGCAAGUCAAGAGGAUGACACUUCAGGAUCAACAACGUCAAACAGUGUUAUUAGUGAAACCGCAUUAACUCACGCUCCAAAUUUAAAUGAACAAACUCUUCGAGAGCACGGCGUUUCAUUGAGUCAAGCUAUUCAACAGUUUGAAAGUUGGUGGUCAUCGUUGACAUGUGUAUCCGCCGGAAGUUCACCUCGUUUUGUGGUUGAUGGGCAAGCUCCUUUAAGACAAUGUCUUCAUCCUGAGUGCUACAAUAAAGAUCUAGACCUCCCGGAAUAUUACAAUUAUUUUUAUGAUCUACGCAAAGAAUUUACCAGUUGUUAUUCAACUCAAGGAGAGCUUGCUACCCCCAAUUUUGGCAUGUCGCCAGACACUGAUAAUGAUUUUCACGUAAAAGAAGUUCAAGAUAUGGACACAUAUUCCAGACCCCUGAAUUCAAAGGAUGAAGAAGUUGAUAACAAUUGUGUUGUGAGAGCCCGAGGUUUGCCGUGGCAAUCAUCAGACCAAGAUAUUGCCAAAUUUUUCCGUGGGUUAAAUGUUGCCAAGGGUGGAGUAGCCUUAUGUCUAAGUCCCCAAGGCAGACGCAACGGUGAAGCUUUAGUAAGAUUUGUUAAUAAAGAACACAGAGACAUGGCGUUAAAAAGGCAUAAGCAUCACAUUGGCAAACGGUACAUCGAAGUGUACAAAUCAUCUGGCGAGGAAUUUGUAAGAGUUGCAGGUGGUGCUAGCGGUGAAGCUCAUGCAUUUCUCUCGCGUGGUGCUCAAGUCAUUGUGAGAAUGCGAGGUUUACCAUACGACUGCGUUGCUAAACAAGUGAUUGAAUUUUUUUCCGGUGGGCAAAAUCCGUGUCAAGUACUUGACGGUGAAGAUGGAGUGCUGUUUGUCAAAAAGCCAGACGGCAGAGCUACAGGGGAUGCUUUUGUUUUGUUUGCUAAAGAAGCUGAUGCUGAAAAAGCGCUUAGCAAACACCGUGAUUGUAUUGGAGUUAGAUAUAUCGAGUUGUUCCGGAGUACGACUGCAGAAGUACAACAAGUUCUCAAUAGAGCUAUAGACAUUAAACCACCGGUUGAUAUGACAUCAAUGUUACCACUUCCUCCUCCAUUGCUUCCACAGUAUAUAAUAACAUCAGGAACAAGAAAAGACUGUGUCAGAUUACGUGGUCUUCCUUAUGAAGCGUUAGUUGAACAUAUCUUGGAAUUUAUGGGGGAAUACGCGAAGCAUAUUGUCUACCGUGGAGUACAUAUGGUCUACAAUUCCCAAGGUCAACCGUCGGGUGAAGCAUUUAUUCAAAUGGACAGCGAAAAUUCAGCAUUCGCAUGCGCGUCACAGCGUCACCACCGGUACAUGAUAUUUGGGAAGAAACAGCGUUACAUCGAAGUGUUCCAAUGCAGCGGAGAUGACAUGAAUCUGGUAUUGACAGGUGCAGCGCCACCAGUAGCCAAAUCGCUUCUCUCAUCCGGUACGUUGAGCUCACAUACACACCCGGCCCUAGCUCCUCCUGCCGCGGCAGCACCUAUGCCGGUACAAACAACCACCCAACCCCCGUUAUGGGAUUUACAUACAUUAGUACAGGCACAAGCCCAAGCCCAAGCUCAAGCACAAGCUCAAGUCCAAGCUCAAGCUAUGAGAAAUCAAGAUUUUUGGUUAAUGGCACUUGCCGCGAAUCCACCACCACCAACAUCAACAACUAACGGAUCACAAAACGCUGUUGUUACUAGUAAAGCUCUUGCUCUUCCUUCACCCACUCAGCAUCAGUUAUCAACUUACUCAUUAAAUCAUCCACAUUCUCAUCAUCAUGCAGCGUCUGCUGCUGCUGCUGCUGUUCACGCAGCAUCGCUUCCUCUUCACACUCCACAAACACAACCGCCGUUUUUAUUUUUCAAUAUGCCGUCAAGAAUUCCAAUUCUUCGGCCUCCCGGUCCCCAUGGACUUUUAUCACCCAUUGUACAAACUCCACAAAUAAAUCCCGCGGCAUUUAUGGGUAUUAAAAGGUCAUGGGAAAAUGCAUUUUCUGCUGCUGCCGCUGCCGCUGCUGCUGCUGCUGCUGCUGCUGAUACUGUUUCCAGUGUACCAAAACGUCCAACUUGGCAAGCACCAGCGGCAUAUCACGCAGCAGCCGCUGCUGCUGCCGCUGCUUCUGCUGGUACAUCCGGCCUUGCCUACCCUGCUCAAUUUUAUCCUCAAAUAAGGGCAAGACACGCAAAUGAUGAAAUGAUGUUGCCUCCACCACCUCCGCAAUCAGGAUUUCCACCAGGAGCAAUAUUUUCACCGCAAGCAACGAUACUGCCUCACAACAUGCCAGUUUUAGCAGCACCUCCCUUUCAAACAGUGGUUUGUUUUCCCUACGCAUCUCUAUCACCUGCAAUGGAUCCGUGGCAUCAUCGUAUACACGCACCUGCCAGUUGUAUCGCUGAUGUUGGACUUCACGCAACUGCAACAUUUGGAUUAAUUGAUUCAUCAAGUGACGUUGAUCAACGUCAACAAUUGCUGCCACUUCAGGCUGCUAAUAACUAA